CUUGUGACCUGGCCCUUCAGGAGCAGCAGGGAGCUUCACCGCUGCAGCUUCUCUGUUCUCAUGGUUCGCAGCCCGCCCCUUCCCACACUGAUUUUAUAAAGCUCCAGUCCCCUAGCUUUCUUGUAAUGGGAAGUGGCUGCUGGGCAGGGUUCUGCUAGCAGCUCCUGAAAUCAUGGGGCUGGGCUAUAGGUAUUUUGUGAGCUUAGUACUGCUCUGGUCCCUGGGGACAGCACUUGGGCAGGAGGACUUCCUUAGGGUCAGUUUCUCUGUCUUGCAGCGUGAAUAUGAGUAUGACUGUGGAGAUUAUGGGAUGCAGCUGCUGGUCUUUCCCAGCCCAGGCCGCACUGUCCGCUUCCAAGUUGUGGAUGAGUUUGGGACAGCCUUUGAGGUUACUAACUGCUCCAUCUGCCUCCACUGGGUCACAUCUAACCAGGACGGGGCUGUGAUCUUCUCAACAGGCUACAAUGGCUGUCAUGUGCUGAAGAAGGAUGGCCGUAACCACCUUCGGGUCCGUGUAGAAGAACUUCUGAGCACCAGAGCUGUUGCUGCCACCUAUGACGUGAACAUGACCUGCCCCAAACCCACUGAACAUGACUUAACCAUGCGCUACGUGCCGCAGCCGGGCCUGGUGCGCCCGGUGCCGCAGCCGCAGCCGGGCCUGGUGCGCCCGGUGCCGCAGCUACAGCCGCAGCCGGGCCUGGUGCGCCCGGUGCCGCAGCUACAGCCACAGCCGGGCCUGGUGCAUCCGGUGCCGCAGCCGCAGCCGGGCCUGGUGCGCCCGGUGCCGCAGCCGCAGCCGGGCCUGGUGCGCCCGGUGCCGCAGCUACAGCCGCAGCCGGGCCUGGUGCGCCCGGUGCCGCAGCCGCAGCCGGGCCUGGUGCGCCCGGUGCCGCAAAUCUAUCCUCCACUGAGUAAUAUCGGUGCCCGCCUGACACCGGAGCAGUGCCAAGUGGUGGCUGGGAAGAUCCCCUGUGCAAAUGCCCUUGACCAAGCUGCCUGCUUCCAGGCUGGCUGCUGCUAUGAUAGGACUGACCCAACUACUCCUUGCUACUAUGGAAACACAGUCACUCUUCAGUGCCUCAUGGAUGGUCACUUUAUUCUGGUGGUCUCCAGGGACAUGUCUGACCACCCCAUCAUCCUGGACAAUAUACGGCUAGCCUAUGCCCAGGCAGGGUGCAAUCCCAUCAGGAUGACAGAAGCUUUUGUGCUCUUCCGCUUCCCUCUCACACAAUGUGGCACCACAGUCCAGGUAAUUGGGGACAAAUUGAUCUAUGAGAAUCAGCUGAUCUCUGGCAUUGACAUACAGACUGGGCCAGAAGGCUCCAUCACUCGGGACAGCACCUUCGUCCUCCAUGCUCGCUGCAUCUACAAUGCCAGUGACUUCCUGCCAGUCCAGGUCACGGUCUUCUUGCCCCCCACACCUGCUCCAGUCAUCCAGGCAGGACCCCUCCGGCUUGAGCUGCGUAUCGCCACAGACCUGAACUACAGAUCGUAUUUCACGGAGAGAGACUAUCCUGUGGUGAAGGUACUCAGGGACCCUGUUUAUGUGGAGGUUCGCAUCCUGCAGAGAACAGACCCAUCCCUGGUUCUGGUUCUGCACCAGUGCUGGGCCACCCAAAGUGCUAACCCCCUGCAGGCGCCGCAGUGGCCCAUCCUGGUGGACGGGUGCCCAUUCCUAGGAGACAACUACAGAACUCAGCUUGUGCCCAUGGACCCUGCCUCAUCUGAGCUGCCCCUCCCAACUCAUCACCAGCGCUUUGUCCUCUCCACCUUUGCUUUUGUGGACUCUACUUCCCAGAUGGUACUUGAGGGACUGGUGUACAUCUUCUGUAGUGCCUCCGCCUGCUCACCAUCCCAGCUGGAGUCCUGCAGGACCAUAUGCCCCUCAGGGGUAACUGCAAGAGGCCGUCGGUUCCUGACUAUCCAAAGUGAGACAGAGCCUCUUGAUGCGGUGAGCUCUCAUGGGCCUGUGAUUUUUCUGGGAAGCCCAGAGGCAUUCAAAGAGCCAGUCUAUGGGAAUGAAGACCCUGGUUCUAGACUGGACCUGUCUCCUGUGCUCCUGGCUGGGCUCUUGCUGGUGGCUGUAGUCUCCAUCCUCACUGCCGUGAUCCUGCUUUGGAAGAAAGAAGGUUGGAUGACCAGGUUCCAAAACCCUCAUGAAGGAACAUUGUAACAAAAAACAAUAAAACUGGUUGUAUCCUG